AUGAGGCAGAGGAGAUGGUUAGAGUUCCUUAAGGAUUAUGAAUUUCAAUUGAAUUAUCACCUCAACAAGGCUAAUGUUGUAGCUGACGCUUUAAGUAGAAAAUCUUUGAGAGUGUCUUCUUUAAUGAUUAGGGAAUUGCUUAUGAUUGAGGAGUUUAGAGAUAUGAGCUUAGGGUGUGAGUUGACCUCUAAGAGUAUUAAGUUGGGAGCCUUGAGAGUGACUAAUAGUUUGAUAGAUGAGAUUAGAGAAGGUCAGAAGAUAGAUCCUUUCUUAUUGAGUCAAGUAGAGAAGUUGAAUCAAGGUUUGAUGCAACCUUUAGAUGUGCCUGUGUGGAAGUGGGAUAGCAUCUCUAUGGAUUUUGUAGUUGGGUUACCUAAGACUGUGAAGAACUUGGAUGCUAUAUGGGUCAUUGUGGAUAGAUUGACUAAGUCUGCCCAUUUUAUUCCCAUUAAUAUUAGGUACUCUUUGGAGAGGUUAACCAAGUUGUACAUCAGUGAGAUCGUGAGGUUGCAUGGAGUUCCUACUAGUAUUGUGUCUGAUAGAGAUCCUAGGUUCACCUCUAGAUUUUGGGAGAAACCUGGAGAGAAUAGCAUGUUAGGACCUGAGAUAGUUCAACAAACUACUGAACAGGUUAAGAUGAUCCAAGAGAGGAUGAGAGCAACCCAGAGUAGGCAAAAGAGUUAUAAUGGCAAGAGGAGAAAAGACCUUGAGUUUAAAGAAGGUGAUCAUGUAUUCCUUAAAGUCACUCCUUGGACAGGAGUAGGCAGAGCACUGAAAUCCCGUGAGCAUCAUCAUGAGAAUGUUGGUGAUGAGGCUUAA